GUGACUUCAUUGAUAUCUUAGCUGAAAGGGACCGCGUUAACAAAUCAGUGUUAUACUCCGUGAGCUGUGUGUUGUGUCACAUUUCUAGCAUCUGAGUUAAGAUGAACAGUUACAGAAAGCAGAUGGCAGAGCAGUUCCUGAGUCAGGCCCUGGACAUCAUCUGCCUGCUGACCGGAGAGGAAUAUGUCAUUGUGAAGAAGAGUCCCUCCCACAGCAGCGUUCACCAGCAGAGCAGAGAGGUGCCUAUAAAGUGUGAUGAUGUUGCUGUGUAUUUCUCUAUGGAGGAGUGGGAGUAUAUAGAGGGACACAAGGAGCUUUAUAAGGAUGUCAUGAUGGAAACUUGCCAAGCAUUAUGGACUAUGGAGAUCCCAGGAAAUGAGAGCUCAGAACUAACAGGUCACAGUGAUGAAAAUCUAUACACAGGAGCUGCAGAACUGGUACAGAAUAUUCAGCCAGUGGAGACCCCAUCAGAUGUCUCUGCAGAACUAACAGGUCACAGUGAUGAAAAUCUAGACACAGGAUCACAUGGAGACCUUGUACAGAAUAUUCAGCCAUCAGAUGUCUAUGCAGGUGAAAACGAUGCUAAGAUUUCAUGUAACACGGAAAAAACUGAAGAUCAGUGGCUAAGAAAUAUGCCAGAAGCUGCAGAGCAGGAAAUUUGUGCCAAUAUAAGUACAGGUGAAUCCACAAGCUGCAAUAAUCCUAGUCAUAAUCAGGGUGCAGAUGCUUCUUUACAUCUUAUUCAAUAUCAAAGAAGUCUCGUGGGAAAUGUAUGUUCUGAAUGUGGGAAAUGUUUUCUUACAAAAUCACAUCUUUAUAAACAUCUAAAAAUUCAUAAAGAAGAAAAGCCAUUGUCCUGUCCUAUAUGUGGGAAAUAUUUUAAACAUAAAAAAACUCUUGUUGCUCAUCAGAAAAUUCAUACAGGAGAAAAAAGAUUUUUAUGUUCUGACUGUGGGAAAUGUUUUACUCAGAAAUCAGAUCUUAUUGAUCAUCGGAAAAUUCACACAGGAGAGAAAGCAUUUUCAUGUUCUGACUGUGGGAAAUAUUUUACUCAGAAAUCAAAUCUUAUUACGCAUCAAAAAAUUCAUACAGGAGAAAAAGGAUUUUUAUGUUCUGACUGUGGGAAAUGUUUUACUCAGAAAUCAGAUCUUACUAGGCAUCAAAAAAUUCAUACAGGGGAGAAAGAAUUUUCAUGUUCUGACUGUGGGAAAUGUUUUACUCGGAAAUCACAUCUUAUUGAUCAUCAGAAAAUUCACACAGGAGAGAAAGCAUUUUCAUGUUCUGACUGUGGGAAAUGUUUUAUUCAGAAAUCAAAUCUUAUUACGCAUCAAAAAAUUCAUACAGGAGAAAAAGGAUUUUUAUGUUCUGACUGUGGGAAAUAUUUUACUCAGAAAUCAGAUCUUAUAAGGCAUCAAAAAAUUCAUACAAGGGAGAAAGAAUUUUCAUGUUCUGACUGUGAGAAAUGUUUUACUUGGAAAUCAGAGCUUAUUAGGCAUCAAAAAAUUCAUACAGGGGAGAAAGAAUUUUCAUGUUCUGACUGUGGGAAAUGUUUUACUCAGAAAUCACAACUUAUUAGGCAUCACAAAACUUAUAUUAAAAUAAAUCGGAAUUUAACCGCAUAAGUGCCGAGGGUGAAACGUAGUUGUCACCCACACAAUACCAAGUGCUGAUAAUGACUGCAUGUGACCCCCUGGGGUGUGCAGUUUUGGAGCUGUUUGAGGUCCCUUCUGCACCUCAGGCGUUUGAGGUGACCCCCAGGUUGGAUUUGAAUUAAAUCACUAGUCAUUAAUAGCGAUUUAAAUAAUGGUUUUCAGUUUUAGAAUAAUAACUUUCUAAUGACACGAUGAGUCCAUGGAUCAUCUAAUUACUAAUUGGAAUAUCACUCCUGCCCAGCAGGAGGCAGCAAAAGCUGUUAAAUAUCACCUCCCUUCCCUCCGACCCCAGUCAUUCUCUUUGCCUAUGUUAGAGCAAGGAAGUGGUAAAGUUAGGUGUUAGUAAAAGAUUCUUCAAGCACAAGUUUAUUAUUUUUUAAGUAGUACAAGAUUGUGCUGCUUUGUUCUGGGGUGUAGCCGUAGUCCAUAUCAGUCUCUUCAGUAGAGCAGUGGUGGCUUUAGAGCAAUGGGAACUUGUGGGACAUAAUUCUCACUGCACCUCCCAUAUAUUUAUGCUGCCCUAAUCCUGAAAGCCUGAGUAAAAUUACUCAGUCUUUAUUGCUUUUUCCACAGGUCCAAUGUGAGGGAGAGGACCUCUCAAACCUGGUAAAAUGCCUUGCUGUCGGGCAGAUUAAUGAGGUGAGUGCUAUCUUAAUAUUCUGGGGAAGUAAGAAGACUCAGAGAAGACUAAGGCACUUUAUUUAUUAAGAUGGGACACAUAAACUCUUCUAUAACAUAGAGGGGACUUAUGUUGACAGUUUAUUAGGCAGGCACUGUGGUGGAUAGAAAUUGGGCUCAGUUUGCUUGGUGGUUUUCACUGCUCCCUGCGGUUUAUUUCUAAAACAAGAUGCCGACCGGGAGAUUUCCCUUUUUGACACGCCCAUGAUGGGCGGACCUUUGGGAGGCGGCAAUUGGUGUUGCGCGCCACUUUUCCUUUCUUCCUGUGACCGGGGGGAAAGCGUUUACAGUCUCAGCUAAGAUUACGCAGCUUUGGCUAAGGACUUGCGUUUCUAGAACCGGAGAGCGGUUCCAUACAUCUACUGCCUAGUUCCGGAUCUUCUGCUAAAGGGAUUAUCAAAGUUCCGGUGUCAGUAGGGCGGGUAGGCACCUCAGCAAAUAAGCUGAGGUGUAGAGGUGCUUUGAAAUACUUUUAACUGCUUUUUUUGCAUACAAAAAUAAAGAGUAAAAAAGUUAUGGUUUAAAGAUUAAAGUGACAGUAACGUUUUUGUUUUUUUAAAUUUUAAUAAAAGAUUUAGAAUUUUUACUUGAUUUGUUGGUCCAUUGUGAGUCAGAAUGGACCAAGAGGCCCUGCAAAUUGUCACUUGUUCUUUAUGUUUUGAUGCCAAUGUGGAACCACCAAUCCCUUUCUGUUCUUCAUGUAUUGACAGAACUUUGAAUUAUAGGGAUAGACUCUUUUUCUGAGCCAACAUUUUCUAAGGCGGAUGCUGUUCAGGAGUCUAAUGACAAUGUUCAAUAUAUGCCGCAGCUUUCUCCUCAAGCCUCACCAAUUUUACCGCCAACACAUGCAGUGCCCUGCGCUUCCUCUCUAACUUCUCCUGGAGUUAAGUUGCAAGACAUUGCUUCCCUCAUGUCUUCUGCAGUCUCUGAUGCGUUGUCUGCCUUUCCCAUGUUGCAGGGAAAGUGCAAGAGGAAGAAUAAACAUUCAGUUAGCGAGGUUACUGACGUAGUUGUUGCUAUUUCGAAUGCCCCCUCUUUUAAGCCUGAGGAGGAGGAUACUUCGAUAGCAUCUGAGGGUGAAAUCUCAGAUUCUGACAGUGUAAUUGCUCCUGCUGAUGCUGAAGUUGUAUCCUUCAGGUUUAAGCUAGAACACCUCCGUCUGUUACUCAAGGAGGUUUUAGCUACAUUGGACGACAGCGACACUAGUCGUAGUUAAUCCUAAAAGAUCCAGUAAGCUAAACAAAUAUUUUGAUGUACCUUCCUCGGUACCUGUACCAGAUAGACCUACUGAGAUAAUUGCUAAGGAAUAGGAUAGAUCAGGUAUCCCCUUUCCCCCAUCUCCUAUAUUUAAAAAGAUGUUUCCCAUAGUGGACUCUAUCAAGAAGGCUUGGCAAACAGUACCCAAGGUGGAAGGAGCUAUUUCCACUCUGGCCAAGAGAACUACUAUCCCCAUAGAGGAUAGUUGUGCCUUCAAAGAUCCUAUGUACAAAAAAUUAGAGGGGUUACUCAAAAAGAUGUAUGUACACCUGGAGACCUAAUCAGUCUUGGAACAAAGUAAAGCAAUAAAAAAAGCAUGCUUUUGAAUCGAAAACAGCAUGAAGGGCCUGCCACAGAUCCGGAACCGGAUCUUGUGGGGGGCAGGCUUUCCUUCUUCACUCAGGCUUGGGUUCGAGAUGUGCAGGAUCCCUGGGCAGUGGACAUAG